AUGUACACCACCAGUUCCGGCAACGAGAGUGGAGACGUCGACGAGGACAUGUACGAAGUCAAGUAUCAGAAGGUGCCCAUCUCGCUCAAACACCGGAUCAAAGCAGAGCUGGACAAGCUGAUUGAGCAGGGGGUGCUUGAGCCGGUUCCAUUUAGCAAAUGGGAAGCGUCGGUGGUGGCUCCAUUACACGCGCUCCUCCACAAGGACGCGAAAUGGAGAUGGGGCUCGGAACACGAGCGGACUUUCAAGGGAGUCAAAGCCAUAUCGUCAUCAAACGCGGUCCUCACACACUAUGAUGAACAGAAACUGUUGGUGCUGGCGGCAGAUGCGUCUCCAUUUGGGGUGGGGGCAGUCCUCAGUCAUUUAAUGCCAGACGGCAGUGAAGCCCGUGUUGCAUUUUAUUCGAGGUCGCUAUCUGCUGCAGAAAAAAACUAUGCACAAAUUGAUAAAGAGGGUCUGGCACUCGUCUCUGCAAUCAAGAAAUUUCAUGACUUUUUGUUUGGAAGGAAAUUUCUUUUGGUAACAGACCACAAACCGUUGUUGGGGAUCUUUGCCCCGACCCGGCAAAUCCCCAACAUACUGUCGCCUCAAAUGUUGCGGUGGGCGAUCUUCCUCACCGCGUACGAUUAUAACCUUGAGCAAAGGCCGGGCAAGGCGAUUGGACAUGCGGACGCCCUCAGUCGCUGCCCUCUACCUGGCCAGGACGUGGACCCUGCUCCAGCUAGCACGGUGCUAGCCAUUGAUGAACUGCCUCAGGCUGCAAUUUCCUCCAUGAACAUUGCUGCUGCGACAGCUAAGGACAGUGACUACCGUCGUUCGAUGUUAAACACUUCUGAUGAUCUGCUUGCCAUCUUUGCUCGGGGAUGGCGGGUGCUCCCAUUUACGGGAAGCUUCGCUAGUGUCCAUUUGCGGCGUGAUUUGCAGAGCCUACCCCGGAGUUGCCCGGCUGUGGCUUAUCGAGGGGAGGAUGAGUUUUGGCCGGAGGAGAGAGCGACCGGACGAGACGAGCGGGAAGAGCAGCCAGGCUGGGGGGCAUCCCAGGAUGGCAGGAUCCAGGAGCUCGAGAGGUCGGUGCAGGAUCUCAUGAGGACAGUGACAGAAGUUUUCAACGCCAUGCACCAGAUGGUGGACGAUCGCAUCGCGGAUCGUCUGGGUCCUGUCAUUCCACCACCGGCGCCGCACCCGGCACAGCCGGCUGUGCCUGCCCCGCCGGUUCAGCCUGCGGCGCCACUGCCAGCGCCCCAACUGCCGGCGCUGCCGCCUGGAUUACCGCCUCCACUGCAACCAGCACCCGCGGGACCCGGGUUGCCUCCGCAGGCUCCUCUGGGACCGCCACCGCCACUCAUCCCUGGCCUCCCCGCACCCCAGCCAGGGGCCCCACCGAUGGCUCCAGGAUUACCCAUGCAGGGGGGCCUGAGGUUGAGACCGAAGGACUUACUCGACGCAACCUUUGAUGGAAACCCGGAAGAUCUAGCAUAUUUCACGGUCCGCGUUCAGAAAUUUGUAACUCAGAGCGGCCACCUGUUCCCCGAUGACAGCGGCAGAAUCGAUCAUGGUCGGAGAACCAAGCGGAGCGACCCUGAACUUCGGGGGGCUCCGAAAGAGCGCAUGGGAGUCGGCGUCUCCGGGAGCUCCCGGGAAACACGCUCAUGCGCAGCGCCGCAGCGCCGAAAGUCCCCUGUUUCCACAAUAGUUGAGACCAGUAUAAAGGAAGGAUUACUGUUGAAGCAAACCAGUUCUUUUCAGAGGUGGAAGAAACGUUACUUCAAACUUCGGGGCCGUACUCUUUAUUAUGCCAAGGAUUCAAAGUCUCUGAUCUUUGACGAAGUCGACCUGUCAGAUGCCAGUGUGGCUGAAUCAAGCACCAAAAAUGUCAACAACAGCUUCACGGUAAUAACUCCAUUCAGGAGGCUGAUAUUGUGUGCAGAGAACAGGAAAGAGAUGGAGGAUUGGAUCAGCUCACUGAAGUCUGUACAGUCCCGAGAACAUUAUGAGACUGCACAGUUUAAUGUGGAACAUUUCUCAGGGAUGCAUAACUGGUACGCCUGCUCCCAUGCGCGACCAACCUUCUGUAACGUAUGCAGAGAGAGCCUGUCUGGAGUGACUUCCCAUGGCCUGUCAUGUGAAGUAUGCAAAUUUAAGGCUCACAAAAGAUGUGCAGUUAGGGCAGUGAACAACUGCAAGUGGACAACGUUGACUUCGAUUGGAAAAGAUAUUAUUGAAGAUGAAGAUGGUGUAGCUAUGCCUCACCAGUGGCUAGAAGGAAAUCUGCCUGUCAGUGCCAAAUGUGCAGUCUGUGACAAGACCUGUGGCAGUGUUCUACGGCUGCAAGAUUGGAAAUGCCUUUGGUGUAAAACUAUGGUACACACGGCUUGCCGAGAUUUGUAUCCUCGCAAGUGUCCACUCGGCCAAUGUAAAGUAUCCAUAAUUCCUCCUACAGCACUGAACACCAUAGACUCUGAUGGGUUUUGGAAAGCCACGUGCCCGCCCUCCUGUGCCAGUCCUCUCUUGGUUUUUGUUAAUUCAAAGAGUGGAGACAAUCAGGGAGUCAAAUUUCUCAGACGAUUCAAACAGUCACUGAAUCCAGCUCAGGUCUUUGAUUUAAUGAAUGGAGGACCUCAUUUAGGUUUACGGUUAUUUCAGAAGUUCGACAAUUUUCGAAUCCUUGUGUGUGGAGGAGAUGGAAGUGUUGGUUGGGUGUUGUCUGAAAUUGAUAAGCUUAAUUUACACAAACAGUGUCAUUUGGGAGUGUUGCCGCUUGGUACAGGGAAUGACCUUGCCCGUGUCCUUGGCUGGGGGGGCUCAUGUGACGAUGAAACACAACUUCCUCAGGUCCUGGAGAAGUUAGAACGAGCAAGCACUAAAAUGCUGGACCGGUGGAGCAUAAUGUCAUAUGAACUGAAAUUAAUAUCAAAACAAUCUAUUCUUCCUGUUACCCCAGAAGAGGAGACCGAGGAAUGUCAGAUGUCUGCAUAUGAGGAUUCCAUUGCUGCUCAUCUUGCUAAGAUACUUGACUCUGAUCAGCACUCAGUUGUCAUAUCAUCUGCCAAGAUAUUAUGUGAAACCGUAAAAGGCUUUGUUGCCAAAAUAGGAAAGACCUGUGAGCGGCCAAUGGAAAACACAGAAGCUGAUGCUAUGGCCAUGAAAUGUUCGGAACUGAACGAGAAGCUCCACCUGUUGCUUCAGGCCCUCCACGCGGAAGCCCGGGCUGCUCCGGUGCGGCCCCUGGUCACCUCCUCCAUCGCGGAGAAAGAAGGCGAGGAGUCGUCCAGCGAAGAGUCUUCAUCAGAUGCCAAGGACCCGUUGAGAGAGAACAGCAGAGCAGCUCCCGCCCUGCCCAUCUUCAAGCCGCGGGAACAGCUGAUGCUCAGAGCAAACAGCUUGAAGAAAGCCCUCAGGCAGCUGAUUGAGCAAGCGGAGAAAGUUGUGGAUGAGCAGAAUGCCCACACAGAAGAGCAAGUAAAUCAGACCCCAACAGAAUAUAGCAAGGAACUGGAUGAGUCCAAAGAUGAAGAAAAAGAAGAAGACACAAAGGAAAUUGAAUCUCACCCAAUGAAAACUGCCUCCAGAUCUCCAGAUGGACAGAGAAGUCGUAUUUCUUCCCAUGCAAGCACACUUUCUGCUCCGGCCUGCACAGCCAGCAAAGAAAACCUGCCAGUGCUUAACACAAGGAUAAUUUGUCCAGGUCUAAGGGCAGGUCUAGCUGCCUCUAUUGCAGGGAGUUCCAUUAUCAGCAAAAUGUUGCUAGCAAACAUUGAUCCAUUUGGUGCUACACCUUUUAUUGAUCCUGAUCAAGAAUCACUGGAAGGAUAUUCAGAGAAAUGUGUCAUGAACAACUAUUUUGGCAUUGGAUUAGAUGCAAAGAUUUCAUUAGAAUUUAAUAAUAAGCGGGAGGAGCACCCUGAAAAAUGCAGAAGCAGAACAAAGAAUAUGAUGUGGUAUGGUGUGCUUGGUACAAAGGAGUUAUUGCAGCGGACGUACAAGAACCUGGAACAAAAAGUUCAGCUUGAGUGCGAUGGGCAGUACAUCCCCCUCCCCAGUCUCCAGGGCAUCGCUGUUCUCAACAUCCCAAGCUAUGCUGGCGGCAUUAAUUUCUGGGGCGGAACGAAGGAGGAUGAUAUAUUUGGGGCGCCGUCGUUUGAUGAUAAGAUCUUGGAGGUUGUUGCGGUAUUUGGCAGCAUGCAGAUGGCUGUCUCCCGUGUUAUCAAGCUACAACACCACAGGAUUGCGCAGUGCCGAUCAGUAAAAAUCACCAUACUUGGGGAGGAAGGAGUCCCAGUACAAGUAGAUGGAGAGGCAUGGAUCCAACCCCCGGGAAUUAUUAAAAUCGUGCAUAAAAACAGAACACAGAUGCUGACCCGUGACCGAGCCUUUGAAAGUACCCUGAAGUCUUGGGAAGACAAACAGAAGUGUGAUUCCUGCAAACCAGUCCUCCAGUCUCCUUUAUACCCUCAACAGGCUGUGGAGCUGGUCACUGAAGAAGAGGCUGCACAGAUCCAGUUCUGUUCUCAGGCUGCGGAAGAACUGAUUACCAGAAUCUGUGAGGCUGCAAAAAUACACACCUUGUUGGAGCAAGAGCUAGCUCAUGCCGUCAAUGCAUGUUCUCAUGCCUUAAAUGAAGCCAAUCUGAGAUUUCCUGAGAGUCUUACCCGAAACAUUGCCCUUGAGACAGCCGUCAGUGUGAAGGCGCUCCAUGAUGAAACUGAAUCCUUGCUAGUAGGAAGGGUUCCUUUGCAAUUAGAAUCACCUCACGAAGAGCUGCUCUCAAUGGUUGUGCAGCGCUUGGGUGCUGAGUUGCGGAAGCUUGCUGAAAUCCCUUGGCUGUAUUAUGUUCUACAGCUCAAUGAUGAUGAGGAUCCUCCAUUGGAGUAUGUUAAAAGAAACAGAAGUACAGUAUUUCGUAUAGUGCCAAAGUUCAAAAAAGAAAAGGCCAGAACACAGAAGACCAGGCCUCAACCUGUUCAAAAAUGGGGCACAGAUGAAGUUGCUGCUUGGCUGGAUCUGCUCAGUUUGGGAGAGUACAAAGAAAUCUUCAUCAGCCAUGACGUCCGAGGCUCUGAGCUUUUGCAUCUGGAAAGGCGAGAUCUUAAGGACCUGGGUAUAACGAAGGUGGGCCAUAUGAAGCGAAUUUUGCAGGGAAUUAAAGAGCUGGGCAGGACGACAUCUUUGCCUGAAGUGUAG